UAUUUUAUUUUGACUUGCUCACUGCUUUUUCAGUCGGUCUUGAGAAAGUGCGUUAUGUCCAGAGUUACCAAUCUGUCAAAACUGCGUCAGGAGAGGAUGCGGGAGAUCAACCUGCGGAAUAAAGAGCGAGAGCGCAUGAGGGAGCGAGAGAAAGCUGCAAGGGAGAGUGUGGUGCUCAAGCCCAAUGGUCACCUUUUUACAUCUCUGACAGUGUCAGGAACCACACUCUGCUCAGCAUGCAACAAGAGUAUUACUGCAAAGGAGGCUCUCUGCUGCCCUACAUGCAGUGCCACUAUCCACAACCGAUGUCGAGAUACUUUGCCAAACUGUGCCAAAAUGAAACAGAGGCAACAGAAGACGGCCCUGAUGAAGAACAAUGUUCCACUGCGUGCAAAAACUCAAGGAAUGCGGGAACGUCCAACCUCAGCUAUUUACCCCUCUGAAAGCUUCCGACAAUCUCUGCUCAGAUCACGCCGUGGCCGCUCUCACCUAUCCCUGUCCAAGAGUGUCUCCACCAACAACAUCGUAGGGUCGCUGAAUGAUGAUGCUCCCCUGGGACUACGCAGAAUUCUCUCCCAGUCUACAGACUCCCUCAGCUUCAGAAACAGAACGAUGUCGAUGGAGUCGCUCAAUGAUGACGGAGAACUGUACUACGCUUCUGUCCUGGAGGAGAUCGAGCUUGAGGGCCAGGACUUUAAGGCGGACUCGUGGAGCAUGGCUGUGGAUAGCAGCUACUUACAGACACAUCGCAAAAAUGUUAUCAAGAGGCAGGAUGUCAUCUAUGAGCUGAUCCAUACAGAGCUGCACCACAUGCAGACACUGCAGAUCAUGGAGAGGGUGUUUCGACAAGGCAUGCUGGAGGAGCUUCAGUUAGAGCCCAGCACCGUGCAUGCCAUGUUUCCCUGCCUGGACCAGCUCAUCAAGAUACAUUCCCAGUUUCUGGCACAACUUCUCCUGCGGCGCAAGAACAGCCUGCAACCUGGAUCCAACCACAAUUACACCAUUCAUCAGCUGGGGGAUAUUCUAGUAGAGCAGUUCUCAGGCCAGUCUGCAGAUGACAUGCAGAAGACUUAUGCUGAGUUCUGUAGCCGACACUUAAAGGCUGUCAAAUUAUACAAGGAGCUGCUCGCUAAAGACAAGAAGUUCCAGUUCUUUAUACGGCAGCAGGUGAGUCGAGGACCCUUGCUACGUUGCCAUGGUGUUCAAGAGUGCAUCUUAUUGGUGACUCAGCGGAUGUUCAAGUAUCCUGCACUUAUUCAGCGCAUUCUGGACAACACAACUGAUGAUGAAGAAGAAGCUUCCUCUGUGGCCCAGGCUCUACUGAUGAUCAGAGAACUUCUUAGUUCAAUAGACCAACAGAUGGACGAUCUGGAGAAAACACAGCGGCUUCAGGAAAUCCAUGCCAAGCUUGACCCAAGGGCUGAGGCCAUAGUACGGGAUGGAGGAAUAUUUAAAGCUGGAGAGUUACUCCGAAGGAGACUUAUCCGUGAAGGGACCCUUUUCUGGAAAACUCCAGGAUCACGACUCAAAGAUAUACAGGUCUUACUGAUGUCUGACAUCCUGGUGUUUCUGCAGGAGAAGGACCAGAGGUACAUCUUUCCAUCUAUGGACAAGCCUCCAGUACUGUCCCUUCAGAACCUAAUAGUAAGGGACAUAGCCAAUCAGGAACGAGGCAUGUAUCUGAUUAGUGAUUCCACCCCUCCUGAGAUGUACGAGUUUUAUGCUGCCUCCAAGGAUGACAAGAACAUCUGGAUACGCCAUGUACAGCACGCUGUCAGCAAGUGUCCAUCGAGAGAGGAGUUUCCCCUGAUAGAGUCGGAACACAAGGCUCAUCUGAGGAGGCUCAAAGCUGAUCUGCAGCACAAGGACCAGGAGAUGCUGGAGCUCCUGCAGGAAAGAGUGACUUUAUUCUGUGAGCUGGCAGAGGUCACAAGUGGCCAGGAGAGCCUACAGCCUCCCAUCACUCGCUACUUGUUUAGGGCCGACACACCACAAGCUCCUCGUGCUGAAAAACUAUUACUGGAUGCCACAUCUGAGGUGGACAGACUGAGUGAACUCCUUCUGGGCUUCAGCAUGGACGCCCGCCUUUUGUGCCAUCAUAGCCACAUGGAGGUGGUAGACUGUAGUGACCAAGAGCUGUUGGUCAAUGGAGCCCAGCAUUUUAUUGCAGCAAAGGAAUGCAUGAAGCGACAAGACAAGUCACCGCUAAUGGAGAUCUGCCAAAGGCUGGUGAAUCUCAGCGUUUAUCUUCACGCACUCCAGGGUGCUGUUAUUAAGCAAGACUCAAUCUUGGAGCUGUUACUGCAGCAACAGGGCACUAUGUCUCCAAGUGAAGUAUGGCGCCCUCUGUUGCGAGAUGGAGGACAUCGGGAAGCCACUGUAUUGUCAACCAUAGGAGAACUGGCGCUACUGCAGAGACAACACAGCCUGCUGCAGGAAGAGCUGCUGAGACUGAGGGAUGCAGAAAAUCGGUUCAAAGACAGCGAGAGGGCCCGGGCUGAGCUAGAGAGGCAGGUCCGACAAAUGAAAGCCACCAGUGGGGUUGCACCUGCUUCACAGCGCUGUGGAGAACAGGCCUCUCAGAUGUCUAAGCCUUUGUCAAUGCAGUCAGAAACAGAGAUCUCUGGAGUUUAUAACAUGCAAGCCAACCAAGAUUCUGUUCACCAGUCAAGCCUGCAGCAAGUCAUUGACCUAGAGGUAUACGUGACGUCAGAUGAUGAUGACGAUGGGACUGCAUCUGAAAGCUCCAAAGAUCUUCAUGAUAUUCCAGAGGAGAUCUGAUCCUUGGCAUGUUUUCAUUCUACUAAUGACUGUAUGAAUAUAUUUGCUCAUCUGAAGUCUUGAUAUUUUUGAUCUGCUUUGUUUUUGAGUAGUUUGUGUUGACGUGGCAGUGAGUUUUACAUUUAAUCACACAUUGCAUGAUAAAUUUACAAGUAUUACAACUACUAAUGUCUUAAUGUCUUAAUGAAAACAAGAUUUUUAUCAACACUUUACCCAAAGGUCUUGGACUUGGAAAAAAACACAAAAUAUAAAAUAAAAUUAAAAAAACAACUAUAACUUAAACAUUUUACAAAAUCAAUACUAACCAUCAAACGGUCUGACAGUGACUGCAUCAUUUCACCUGCUUUCAGUUUGCCAUCAAUAAGCUGAAGAUAUAUUAAAGGUUUAAAGUUCGUGCAUUAGGCGAAUGAUGGGCUUCGAUUGUAGAUACACUGCACUGUUUGUUCGAAUGUUGUGUUGAAAUUCUUAUGACGUGAUACAUCGGCCUACAGUUUGAUCCCUACUGUGACCAACAGCAAGGGGAGGAUGCAGCACAUACAUGUUCUGUUUUUUCAUGUUCUGUGCAUCAAUCUACCUUCUGUUGCUCUGUAUUAUCUAACCCAUGUGCCUAAUUGUUGUAAUACUUUGAUGACGACAUACAGUUGUAUGCAAAAAGUACUUGUCUUACAUAUUAACUACUGCAAGUAACUAGAUCAAUGUUGAACUUUUUCUAUCAGGUAUCACAACUCUAAAUCAGCGCUCCCCAACCCCCGGGCCACGGAGUCGUUCGGUACCGGGCUGCGAGGGUUGAGGCUCGGGUGUGAAAUUGAUGGUUUUCAGCGUUUUUAUCGUUUUUUAUCGUUAUUUUUUUAAAUCGUUUUUAUCGUUAACUCGGUUUCCCUGGAUCUUUUCCUGUGUCAUGAAUAAAUCUUCUUUUUUGGUACCGGUACUGGUUUUAUUUUAUUGUACUUAUCUGCGACACCUUAAAGGCCAGUCCGUGAAAAUAUUGUCGGACAUAAACUGGCAAGGUUGGAGACCGCUGAUCUAAAUGUUUUGUGAGCGUUUUCAUUUUGGAUUUAGGAAUUUUCAGCCACUCUUCAUGUUCUGAGAUGUUUUCGAUGAUCUUUGCAUGCACAGCAUGUUUAAAAUCUCUCCAAAGAUGAUGUUCAGGUCAUGAGAUUAUGAGGACAACUUUACGUACCUCAGCUUCUGUUUCUUGAAGACAUUUAUGAUAAUUAAGGGCUUUGGGUAGUUCACCCUAUGUUGAAGCCAGGCUUUCUUAAAUGUUACUGCAGUGACUGAUUACAUGACAUUUGAACUUUGUUUUUGUGGAAUCUAUUCUUCCCCUCACGGGGGUGCAGACUAUAUCCUGGUAGGUAAAAGUGUUCAGUUCUCACAUCUUCUGUGUCCAACAGGUGUUCCAAAAAAAGCCAGCUUAUUCAAAUCAUGCUUUGCAGACUUAAGACAGGAUCAGUGCCAUCAUCAGCACCACCAUCUGAGUAACUGUGGUAGCCAAGACAGUGGAAGCCUUUUCAUGAUCCAGGUGUCACACUAUAUGAUAUGGAGUUAAAGGAACAGCCUAGCUUUUUUCUCAGCAUGUGUGCAUCUGAGGUGAACAUAUUUUUUCUUCUUUUCUUUUCACCUACAGAUUUCAGUAACAGUUUCUGACCACCUUUACAAGUCUCUAUUUGGUCCAGAUGCAUAAUUAAAGUUUAGACAUUGUAGAAACAAUAGUGACUUUUUAAAUGGUAAUUUAUGUGACUGCUGCAUGAGAUAUACUACUGUCAUGUCUUUGCCAGAAAAAUCAACUGUAUUUGAUCUGACUUGCAUAAAACUGCAAAUUUGCAGUGAAUCUGGAUGGAAACCGAUUUGAAUUAGUUAUAACUAAUUCAUUGGGUCAGCUGAGAUAUAAUUUAGCACAGCUAUUGAUUAAAAAGACAGGAUUUGCAACAUUUUGACUGUAAAUAAUGGUCAAAAGCAACUGAAAACAAUGAUACUGAAUGUAUGAGAAAUGUAUAAGAUAGUAGCAUCAAAGUGUGGAUUCAUUGCACAGAGUGUUUGCCUGUUACAAUAUAAGGUUGAAUGCAAUGUAAGCCAAAAACAAGGACUGUAAUUACUUUUGC